AUGCAGUUGACCAAGAAGCUCGAUCGUGCUUUUCAAUGGGCUGGCGAAAAGAUUGGCGGCGAGAAGACGGGCUAUUCCGAUGAGUUCAAGAGCCUCGAGGCCGAGAUGGUCAUUCGUCAAGAUGGCAUGGAAAAACUCCAUAAAUCCACCAAUGGCUACGUAAAGUGGGUUUCUCGUCGUGGGGAGUCGCUCGAAGACAAGGAGAAGGCCUUGCCUGUUGGCUUCGUCGGCCGCAUGAUGGUUGCCCAUGGCGAGGACUUGGAUCCCAACUCCCAAUAUGGCAACAGCUUGAUCGCCCUCGGAAAGGCGAAUGAGUGUCUCGCCGAGAUCCAGGAAGCCUAUGUCACAGAAAUCACCCAACAAUGGGUAGAAGCCAUCGACAUGUCCCUCGCCAUGAUGAAGGAGUACCAGGUCGCGCGCAAAAAGCACGAAUCGCGCCGCUUGGCCUACGACACCAACAUCACCAAGCUGCAAAAGGCCAAACGCGAGGACUACCGCCUCGAGGAAGAGAUGCGCUCCAGCCGCGCCAAGUUCGAGGAGAGCGGCGAAGACGUCCUGCGCCGCAUGCAGGACAUCAAGGACGCCGAACCCGACAACUUCCGCGACCUCACCCGUUUCCUCGACGCCCAGCUCUCCUACCACGAGCGUUCCGCCGAGGCCCUGCGUCGCCUCCGCCGCACCUGGCCCACCGAGAUCACCUCGCCUCCUCCGACCGAGCGAUUCGAGCAAAUCGAGCGAACCGAGCGAACCGAGCGAGCCGAGCCUGAGCGCCCUGCCCGCCGUCUCAGCGUUCUUAGCCGCGCGCGUUCGACCUUGUCCAGGAACCACCCAUACGAAGACCCGCAAGAUUUCGAGCCCGAGCCGCAGCCCCAGCCUGUCCGGAUGCCCUUCCGGUCCCAUCAUUCCGAAGCACGCUUCGGCAACGCUCCCGGCGCCCCCGACCUGCCCGUGCGGCCCACCAACAACCGCUCCCACACCUUCCAGGCCGCCUCGACCCUCGAUCGCCGCCCUUCCGCCAUCUCCCACAUGCCCAGCAUCAGCGCCCUCCGCGGCAACGGCGCGGGUCGGCCGCUCAGCAGGAUCAACACGACCGAGAACGACAUCUUCGCCGACGACUACGACGACAGCAGCGCCCAGAGCACCAGCGGCAGCCCGAACUGGGGCGGCGCCCGGAGCGCGAGCCCGGCCACCAGCGUGGGGAGCCUGACCAGGAGCUCGAGCAACCUGCAGCUCGUGGGUGGUCGGAAGGCUGCCCCGCCGCCGCCUCCUCCCUGCCGGUCUAAGAAGCCGCCUCCGCCUAUUCCCCCCAAGCGCGCCGCGACACAAGUCGGGUAUUGA